AUGGGGCAGACACGUAAAGUUGCUGCUUGCCCCAGAAGUCGCAAGGUGGCAAAUUAUCAGCAUUCGACUGCGACACCGGUCCUCCAAGACAAGUACUGGCGAGAAGGCUUGGAGCGUGGGCAGCGAGACCACGCUUUCAGCGUGUUCAAUGACCCUUUUCCGAAGGCUAGCUACGCUUACAUCAACACCACCUCCAACGACUUUCUCGGUCGGACAUGGCAGGUCCUUCACCACACCAAGAGCACCGCAGCUGGAAAGUGUAGCUUCCACCAUAACGUGGCCAAGCCGCUGUCCAACACGGUGAAGGCCAAUAGCUCCACUAUGUCCUUCGAAGUGCGGCCAGACAUGCAGGCACGAUGCACAGCCUGCAGGGUGAGGGUAUGUCCAACGAAGAAGGCCAUAUUAUGA